AUGCAUACAGAAGAAGAAGAAGAAGAAGAAGAAUGGAGGAGGAAAACGAAAGAGGCUGGCUAUGAAAAUGAAGGGGUUGCUUUGGUUUUUAUCAAGGAUCUGAGGUCUUCUAGGGCAACCUGGAGCCAGGGUUACGGGCAACGGGCAGCUUGGUGCCUAGAAGGAAGGAUUUGGGGCAGCGUGAUCUGA